AGUAAUCCUAUUUCUCUCGCGUUCUCUGCUACUGCUACUAUCUAUAAAUAAUAGAUACGAACCAUAAGCUCUGAAGAAACAGCUAGAAAAGAAAGUUCAAAUGAAUAGCUCCGUCAAGCCUCUCUUCCACCUUCCCAAGGUUGAAGAAGAAGAUGAAACAUCAGGAAUGUCCAUGGCUUUUCAGCUUAGGAAAAGGCACGAAUCGUCCUCUGUAACAUUCAGGAAUGCGGCAGAGACAGUAGUGCCACCAAAGAAGGUGGAAAGCAAGCCCAGAUCUGAAGACAUUAACGACAGUGCAGAGGCUUUCAUAAGGAAAUUCAGGCAGCAGCUGCUUCUUCAAAGAGUUGAGUCCAUAGAAUGAGCAAAUGCUUAAUAGGGGGAACAUAGUUAUGAGUAACUAUUUCUUCUCUGUCCACUUUUCAUGUCUUCGACAAAUUAUUGCAUUGUGUUACUAUGUGUCCAAGUGUAAAUGCUAUGCUGAAUGAAAUGCAAAAUUCGCUUGUUAUUCCUCGUUUCUUCUGCUUACUGUUUCUAUUCCUCUAUUUCCCCUUAUUUCUGAAUUUUCCCCCUCUGUUUCUUUAUUCUCCUUUGCUUAGUUAGUUUAUAUUUUCUUUGUAUGUCAAAGGUUAAUUUGUUGCCUUGGGUUGGGUGUAAAGGUUGGGGUUACUGUUUCUAAUUUCUUUUUAUUGGAGAGUUCUUUGACCUACAUUUUGCAAAUGAAUAAAAUUGCACCUUGUGAUACAAGUAGUAAUUUUGAUAUAGGGCUGAAAAUGCAAACAAACGGCAGGUAAUGGCUUUUGACUUUCCCUUCCAAAUAAAACAGCUGCCACGGACACUAUAUUUGACCGGUCAGUCAUUGUCCCAACUAACUCCACCUAAUCAAAAUGAAAAUUCCAAAGACUUGUUCUUCGUCUUCUUCAGUCAAAAGACAAAAUUCAUAAUCAUGACAGCAACUAUUAGCUUGUGAGGGGUGGAAGGAUUAUAUUGAUGGCGAACAAAGAGAGGGCGUUGAAACUAAGAGCGGCGGCGGAAGCGGCAGUGAAAGCAAUAGGGUUAGGGUAUGAUAUAGUGGAUGACUUGAGGUUGAAGUAUUGCAAGGAGGAGUGUAGGUUGAUCGCCAUUGAGGAUGAUCAGGUGCGAGACAUAGCUAUUCCUGGGGGAAUUUUGGUUCAGAAUGUUCCCAAGUCCAUCCAUUGCGAUAAAGGCGACCACAUCAGAUUUACUUCUGAUCUUCUCUCUUUCCAGCAGAUGUCCGAACAAUUUAACCAGGAAAUGUCUCUUUCUGGUAAAAUUCCAAGUGGCCACUUCAAUGCUGCUUUUGAAUAUACCACUUGUUGGCAAAAAGACGCCGCCUACACAAAAGCUCUUGCUUUUGACGGGGUCUUCAUCACCCUCUACAAUAUUGCAUUACGGAAGGCUCAAGUUGCACUCCAUGAUCAUGUUAAACAAGCUGUUCCUUCAUCUUGGGAUCCAGCAGCAUUGGCAAGGUUUAUUGAGAAAUAUGGUACCCAUGUUGUUGUUGGUGUGAAGAUGGGCGGAAAGGAUGUUGUAUAUGUGAAGCAGCAACAUUCAUCAACACUUCAGCCUGCUGAUGUACGGAAAAGGUUGAAAGAAGUGGCAGACCAAGGAUUUAGUGAUGCAAAUGAACAAUCCAGCACUAUACCGUUUCAUCUCUUUCAGCUUGCUAAUAGUGACCAAGGGCUGCCCUUUGUGGAUUCCACUACGUCAACUCUUCAUUUUCACAAAGAGGAUAUUACAUUCCUCUGGAAGAGGAGAGGUGGAAGCAGUAUCAGAAAUCUGCCACAUAAAAGGUGGUAUCAAACUGUUCCAAUUGAACCUGAUGUGAUUUCAAUGUCAUUCAUUCCAAUAUCAUCAUUAUUGAGCGGGAUUGAUGGCAGUGGUUUUUUGAGCCAUGCAAUUAACUUGUACAUACGUUAUAAACCACCAAUUGAAGAGCUUUAUCAGUUUUUGGAGUUUCAGCUUCCAAGGCAAUGGGGACCUGUGUUUGGUGAACUUCCUCUUGGUCCCGAGAGGAAGCAGCAAAGUGGUAAAACCCUGAAGUUCAGUUUAAUGGGCCCCAAGUUAUAUGUUAAUACAAAUCCGGUGGAUGUGGGUAAUAAGCCAGUCGUCGGCCUUCGAUUGUAUUUGGAAGGAAAAAGAAGUAAUUGCUUAGCGAUCCAUUUGCAUCACCUUUCUUCCUUGCCAAAAAGUCUUCAAUUUCAGAAUGAAUCAUAUGGAGAUGCCAGCAGCUCCUCUGACCGGAGGUAUUAUGAGAAGGUCCAAUGGAAGAGUUUUUCACAUGUAUGCACUGCACCCGUAGAAUCCGAUGAUGAUUCCUCGAUCGUCACAGGGGCCCAAUUUGAAGUUGGAGAAUCUGGUAUGAGAAAUGUUCUUCUUUUACGCCUUAAAUUUUCCAAAGUAUUAGGCGCCACAGUCAUAAAGAGAGCUGAGUGGGGUGGUUCCCCUCCUCAGACUGAAAAAUCAGGAAUCGUCUCAUCUAUAAUAAGUUCCCAUUUUUCCUCCGCUCAAAAGCCAUUACCACGACCAUCUGAAAUUCACAUAAACUCUGCACUUUAUCCGGAUGGUCCUCCAAUGCCAGCACAAACCCGUAGACUCUUAAAGUUCGUUGACACGACAGAGAUGUUGAGAGGACCCCAGGAUCAACCUGGCUACUGGAUGGUGUCUGGGGCUAGGCUUGUAGUGGACAAUGGUAAGAUUUCUCUUCGUGUUAAGUUCUCUUUAUUAGCUGUUGUCUUGCCAGAUGAAGAGGAGCCAUUGCAAGGCUAAUAUAUAAGGGUGUAGUAAGGAAAAAAAAUUGGCUGGAGAUUACUUAGCAUAUUUGUUAUUUUGUUACUGCAAUGUGAAAUAGUAGGAAUUUGUUAGGCAUAAAUAUAUCUCAUGUAUGAAUGGCUUUCGAUAAUGUACAAUCUGUAAAAAAGAUGUUCUUGUGAUUGUAAUAUAAUAUAAUUUUUUUUUUUUUUGAAA